UCGUUGAACUAUUUUUGUAAUAUGCACAUGUACAUGUGUACAUUUCAGUGUGUUCAUAUAUUUUGAUGCAACGAGAAGCCGUUGAGAGAAUGGCUGUCAAAGAAAAACAGGGAGAUUCCAACGAGGAAAUUGAUUGGAAUGUUGAGAACGAGGUUCAACUGUUCUUUGCGAUGAACGGCCACAAACCAGUCGGUGUUAACAAAUACUUUCAUAUGGUCUGCAUCUGGGAGAAGUUUCGUGCUGCCAUAAACAAGGACGUCUCAUUCAAGGCCAUUUGGGAUCACCUGGAGACGAUGUAUGACUUAGUGGCCCUGGACGACACUGAAGAUCUCCCCUUCCCCAGCAGUGAAAUGGAUUUCGCUCUCCCAGAGUCAGAGUUUCUGGAGCUCAUAAAAAACAAACAGAAAGAAGAGACUGACACGAAGCCCAAGGACGUUAAGGAGAAAAUUAAGGAAAUGAAGAAGGAAAAGGAGGUGAAAGAGACACCAAAGAAGGAGAUUGUCGUGAGGGAUCAGAAAACUCCGAAGGAGGUUGACAAGAAGAAAGAGGACCUAAAGAAGGUUGUGAAGGAGUCAGAGGUGAAGAAAGAAAAGCUGAGGGAGCCGAAGGACGUCAAGAGGGAUAAUAAAAUUCCGAAGGGCCGAGGAAAAGGGAAGGAGGAUGUGGAAGAGUUGCCGUCAGCUCUCUCAUUGAAGAAAGAACGUAAAGACUCAGAUUCCAGCAGAGAGACCCCCAAGCGAGUGCCAAAGAGACCGACACGACAAAGUAUUGAUAAUGCGAGUAAGGCAUCGACCAGUCCUCGUGACACUCCACCCCCAAAACGUCGGAGAAUAUAAAACCCCACUCAUUUUCUUAUUGCGAAGAUCAUCUAGAGUUAAUAAUGCUUUAAUUACUCAUUCAUCUAUCUCGUGGGUGAUUAUCCCACCGUUAACUGUUUCACUGUUCACUCAUGAGACUAAAACGAUUUUAAUUUUUAAUUCUUAUUAAUAAGUCAAAGGCAGAUUAACUGUGAGUGAAGAUGUGAUGUAGAUAAUCCUCUUUCACACCAAAUUCAGAAUAUAUCGGAGUGUAAAUAAACCAUUUUUUUUCUUAAAAAAA